AUGGAUGCGGAACCUGCGCCAACCCUUCAGCAGCCGGGCGAGUCACAAGUCAAUCCAUCUGUCCAGCCAAUCUUGAGUGACGAGAGCCAGCGUCUUAUGAGGGAAUGCCCAGAAAACCAAUUGGGCAUGGACACUCCUGAGAAGGUUGGAGAGGAGCAGGUUGAAGAAGCAGAAGUGAGUCAAAUUGCCAAGGUCGACUCUCUGGUUCUCAUGGACAGCCCUCCCAAAGAUGAGGAAUUGAGCAAAGUCGUUUGCCAGAAGUGCCAGAUGGAGGUGUUUGUGUUCGAUGCCCAAGCCAAAGGCAAGACUUGGUGGUGUAAAGCGUGCAAUGCCAUCAACUCGACACUCCGUCGAAACCUCACAUGGCCACCUCCAGAGUUUGCUGCUCUGACCACCGAAGAACAGGUUCAAUUUUGGCAACAGUGCCGUGCCAUGAGGGAAGAAAGCACUGAUGGACGACUUCGGUAUGAUCGAUUGCGUGAUGUGCUGGUCAAUAGCCUUACCAUGGUCAAGACCAGUGAGCUUGCCAAGAGCAGCAAAGGCACUUAUCUGCCGUUGUCAGUGUAUGCGCAGCAGCUUGGCUGCCUUUGGCAUUCGAAAGGAUACAACACGAACCAGAUCCAGGAGAACGCGCCACAGAUGUGGGAUCCAAUCUUGCAGGAAAAGACCUACAUGCUCCCGGUGACGUCUUUGCAAGAGAAAGAGGUGAAACAAAGGAUUGAGAGCUCUGUGGCUGCUGCAGAGCGAAGUGUCCGCAAGCGUAAGGUGGACCACCAGCCUGAGGCAGCCAAUGUUCCAGGCGCUAUGAUCGUGGAUCUGUUGAGCGACAACGAAGACGCGCCGGACACGGAGCAACCGAUCCCUGAACCCGAACAAGAACUUACAGCUAAACAGUUGGAAGCCCAAAGGAAGAAGGAGGAGAAGGCUGCUGCACGCAAGGCAGAGCAGGAGCGCAAGAAAGAGAGCCAGAAAGAACGUCGUGAGAUGCUGAAGAUGAACAAAACCAUCGUGAAUUUGGCUGGCAAGGCUGUGGUGGAAUUGCAGCCUCUGUGCGUGGAGCUGCAGCAGACCUGUGCUUCUGGAGAUGACAAUUGGCCAGACCUCUUGAAAGAGAAUUUGGUGCAAGAGCGCGAUGUCCUGCUUGACUGGAAGAAGGCGGCGGCUGCAGCUUUGCAAAAGCAUGCCAAGAAUUCUGAGGCCAAAUUGGAAGCUCUCCCGUUCAAAGACAGCCAAGAGAUGAUGGUCAGGGUCAAAGCAGCAAAGAAAUUUGUUCAGGAUGCCAAGUCAGGGAGCCUGCAUGCCCAAGUCUCGAAAACUAGCCAUGGCCAUGAAGAUGACCUUGUGCUACGCGAAUGCUUGAAAGUGCCAGGCUGCACUGAGAAGGCGUUGCAUGGCAUUUUGCAGAUUGCUCGCCCAGAAGUGAUUCCCAAGUCUUACUCAGGUUACAAGCGCAAAGUCCACAAAGAACUACCACACGAUUGCACAGUAAAACUGCCAGUGGGAGAAAACAAAGAUGGACAGAUGAUCCAUGUAGCUGUGACUCACAUACCAAAGUUCUUGCAGCAUUUGGCAUCCCAGAAUGGUGCCUUCGCGAGGAGACUUGUCCACAUCAUUGACAGGUCUAACGGAGAGUCCUUCAAACCUUUGUUUUAUUGGGAUGAAGUGAUUUCAGGAAACCCGCUAGCACCGCAUUCUUCCAAGAAGAUUGCCAUUGGAUACUUUACUAUGGUGGAGUUGCAGCAGAGGCACAAAGAGGAAAGCUGGAUCCCAUUGCUGGUGGCGCAACACAAAAGCUUGGAGACAGUGAGCGGUGGUUUUUCCAGAAUGAUGCGAGAAGUGGUUUUGUUGGUGCGAUCUUUUGAUAUGCAACAUGGCAUUCCCUUGGAACUGGAUGGGAAUCAAAGGCUUCUUCGCAUUGACAUCAUGAAAGCAAAUUUCAUUGCAGACUUUGAUGCCAUCAGGGCAACGUACAAUUGGAGAGGCAGCGCUUCGAUCAAAGCGUGUAUAGCGUGCAAAAACGUGUGCAAAAGAGAUUCCAAUCUUGUUGAUGGUGAGAACUAUCUUACAGAAAUUUCGGAAACCAAAUGGUCCAAGUUUGAUCUCUGGAGUGACCAGGAAGUUUUUGAGCUUUGGGAUAUGAUGGCCCGAGACACGCCCACAAUGAAAAAAAAGGACAAAGAAAAACUCGAGAAGCUUGCUGGCUUCAAUUGGAAUCCAAAUGCUUUGUUCGCUCACGCUGAGGCCAGGGAAAUUUUGAAACCAAGUGCCGUGCUUUUUGAUCCAAUGCAUAUUUUCUGGGCAUCAGGUGUGGCAGCUUGGGAGGUUGUCAACUUGAUGUCAGUACUUGCGACCAAGUGCAAUUUUACUUGUGAAGAUCUAGCCGGAAAAAUUCAGGGCACCCCUUGGUGUAGUAGUACGCGAAAAGGGCAGUCCUGGCGAAAGAAUUUGGCUGAUGCACAAAAGUUCUCUGGUGAUGCUUACCGUGGCUCAGCCAGUGAUUUGAGAAUGCUCAUUCCUUUGAUGCUUUAUCACAUCAUGGAGUCAAUCGACGACACUGAGCCUGUUCAGGCUGAGCUUCAAUCCUUUUAUGCCCUGGUUAAGCUUCUGGAGAUUUUGGCCAGCUUUCAAUGUGGGAUCUCGAAAGUCAAAUGCCAACAACUUUUGAAGCAAACCGAAACCUACUUGGAGCUUUACCUUUUGGCCUAUGAAAACUGCAAGCCAAAGCACCAUUACCAAUUGCACCUGUGUGACAUGAUCUGGCGUACUCAACUUUGUGUGGACUGCUUCCCACAAGAGGCAAAACACAGGACGUAUAAGUAUCAACUUCAAAACAGGCUGGAUGGGAUGCUACAUGAUCCAUUCCUGUUUUCAGAAGGCGUCUUGACGCGUCUUUUGAACAGCCACUGCCGCCUUUUCGACAAGCCGUGCUUGCCUGGUGACCUCACACCUCCAGUAUCUGAAAGUCAGAAGCUUGUAGAUGGUUCGAUGGUGUCUGUGCUAGAAGGCGCCGCUUUAGAUCUGGAAGCAGGCCGUGUCUACAAAGAUGAUUUUGUGAUAAGCCCGCGUGGCAGCGGUUUGGUACGAGCUUGUUUGAGAUUUCGCGAUCGCGCUUGGGUGCACAUCGACCUCUACGAUAGAGUUUUUUGGACCGUGGAUUAG